AUGGAAGCAGAGUCGGCCCCCGCGCUAGGCGAGCGUCCCGUGUCGGCGGCGGCGCAGCUGCUGCACGUGCCGUGCGAUGGCGCCGCCUCCGCCCCCGACACCACCUCGAACCCGGAUCGCCUCGACAACGACGUCGCCGAUAACAACAAUAACAACAACAACCACCGUGCCUCGAGUAACGGCGAUGACGAGGAACGCUGGUCGUCGGCACUGUCGGAACGUACCUGCUCCACCAACAAUAACCACGAACCGAAUGCCGGCCCCGAAGAAUUUACUACCCAGAGGAGUCUACUGCGUCAGGCGUCUUCGCCCUCCAGGCUGGGACUCGUUGUCGCUGGAGACGAGAACCUGAACACCUACAGAAACAGCAAUGCGGGGCAAAACUGUGCCGUCGGGCGAGCGCCGUCGCAGUUGUCGGAGGCGGAACUGGAGCCGCUGUUUGGUAGCACUGUGGACGAAGAGCAGGGCAGACGGGAGACCCCCAGCGACGUGGUGGAGCGCCGCGUCGCGUCCUCCAGGCUGCUGCGGCGCCGCACCGACCCUCUGGACGCGGCGUCGCUGCUGAUGCCGCUGCCCAGGGACUACCGCGACGCGCUGUCGUCGCUGCUGUGGCAGCCUUACGACUGCCGCAGCGACGACGACGCCGCCCCCGCGCUGCUGGCGUCGUCGGCGUCCUCGUCCCCGUCGACGAGCUCCUCCGAGGCGAGCGUGGCCGCCGCGCCCCUGCUGGCCCUCCGGCGGUGGCCGGCCGACGAAGCUGCGGCGCUGCCUUCGCUCCCCGCCGGAGCGGCGGUCGGCGGCGGCCGCGGCUGCGACCAGUUGCCGUUCGGCUGCCUCCAGUGCUGCGGCGACAGCAGCCGCGCGGCCUGCCCCCGCGACAUGUUGGUCAACGUGCCGGCGCCGCCGCCGCCCCCGCCCCAGCAGGCCGCUCCGUCUACGGUCCUCGCCCCCUCGUCGUCGUCCUCGCCCCCUCCUCCGCAGCCGGAGUCCGUCAGUGUUGUGGUGAAUAGUGGCUCGUUCCCAGUGGUGAAUGUGACGAACGUGCGGACCUUCACUUCGACCGAGGCGCAGACUGACGAUUUCGGCGACGUGCCCGCGGCGUCGCGAGAGGCGCGAGCGGCGGCAGCAGCGGCGCCUGGGGGCAGCGCCGGGGGCGGUGCCGCCCCCGCUGGCCGACGGCCCGCCGCCGCCUCCGGGGGACCGCCUCCCUGA